UUUGUGACUUUUUUCCUUUUAACGCUAGACUGCUUUGGUUCCACAAUACCUGGUGCUUAUAUGUGUUUUUUUCUAGGAUACGCAAAUGAAGUUGGUGAAUCUUUUCGAGCACUUAUUCCGGUCAGUUUUGUUCGUUUAUCGUAUAUUGUUUCAUUUGGUUAUGUUUGCGCCGACAUAGCUGACAAGUGCCAAAAAACUUAUCGAAUGAAAUAUUCAACUAAUGAAGAACGUAAUAGGAAUGUUACAUUGAGGGCAAUGGAUACGUUUGUAUGGCAAGCAUUAGCCUCUGUCAUUGUUCCGGGGUUCACAAUUAAUCGAAUUUGUGCCCUCUCUUUUAAAAUAUUGAAAAUGGCGACACGUUGGUCACUGCAGAGACAGAAAUGGACGACUACUGCAAUCGGACUUGGAUCUAUUCCGUUCAUUGUUAAGCCAAUAGAUAUUGCAGUUGAAAGAGGAAUGAAUGCUUUAAUUCGUAAAUAUUAUCCGGAUGAUAUAUUUGAUAUAAAAUAA